GGAGAAGUGAAACAAAUUGGUAGGAAGAAGAGUACUCGGGGAUAAAGAAGAAGAGAAAAUUAUUCCUGAAUAAUCAAAGAGAAAAUUGCAACAUAAAUUUAUUAUAAAGACACAAAAAGACAUAUCCUUGCUACGAAAUGUUUUACGUGUGAAACUGGGGAGAGCAUGCUUCACGUGGAAAGGAUAAUUUGAAUUCGCUUACAUGACGUAAAGGUAUCAAUAACAAAGAUGGCGUCCGUUGUACAGAGACUUUUAACAAGAACAAUAAUAUCAUCUUCUUCUCUACCAGCUUCCUGUAGAAAAACUAGGAUGCACAUUUGUGCAGUGCUAGCUUCAUCUCACGAAGAUCCACUGGGCAUCAAAAGUAGGAGUAAGUCAUUAGAAGAACAUCAGAAGCAACAAAUGGCGAGAGGUCUCCCCAAAAAGCGGCCAGUUGAUGGUGUCAAGCAUGUGGUAGUAGUAGCAUCUGGCAAGGGAGGAGUUGGAAAAUCCACCACCUCAGUGAAUCUGGCUUUGGGAAUGCUAGCAAGCAAACAGUCUUUGCGUGUUGGGCUUCUUGAUGCAGAUAUUUAUGGACCAUCUAUACCAAAAAUGAUGAACUUAAGAGGACAGCCAGAGCUAACAAAAGAAAACAUGAUGAAGCCGUUGGUGAAUUUUGGAGUGCCUUGUAUGUCUAUGGGUUUUCUGGUAGAGGAAGGGGCACCAAUUGUGUGGAGAGGAUUAAUGGUGAUGUCUGCGGUGGAAAAGUUAAUACGACAAGUAGCAUGGGGAGAGCUGGAUGUUCUAGUGAUUGACAUGCCUCCUGGCACAGGAGAUACCCAGCUGUCAAUCUCACAACUCAUUCCUAUUUCAGGUGCAGUGAUAGUCACCACACCACAAGAUAUUGCACUGCUUGAUGCUUGCAGAGGCACAGAGAUGUUCAGAAAGGUUGAUGUACCAGUUAUUGGACUAAUUCAAAAUAUGAGCCAUUAUGUAUGUCCUA